AGGUACCUGAAAAAUAUGUUUUAUCAGUCACUUUCAUCAUUGGCCAUUAAAAUCUUCAUCCAACAGCUGAAAAUAGAUCGAGCAAUAUUCAUCUUCAACCUUCACCUUCUUCUUCCUCACGCCACCGCCAGCCAACCUAGGCCUAAACCUAGCCCUUCCUUCGAUCUCCCUCCACCGCCAUGCUGGCCGCCACCCCAGCCAUCCCUCUAUGCCCUGCCGCACUAGUGAACAAUUCCGGCGAUGUCCUACACCCUCCGAUAGUUAACAGAGUAUAAGCACCUAUAAAUAGGCCAAAUCAGCCACUGACGCCCACCGUCCCAAUCAUCUCAGCUCAUCUCAUCACGGCAUUAAAGCAGAGCAAUCUCCCUCGUCAAUGGCCAAGAUCCAGCCCCUCGCUGCCGCGGCCUCACCAUCGUCCUCCGAUGAUCAACGGAGCCAGCAGGCGUACACGGUGUGGAUGAAGUCGCUGGUCUUCAACGGCAAUGGCUGCACGGUGUACGGCCCCGACGGCGCCGUCGCCUUCGGCGUCGACAACUACGGCUGCAGGGGCAGCCGCGAGGUCUUCUUCAUGGACCGUAAGGGGAAGGCCCUCAUCAGGAUCAGGCGCAAGGGCUUCGGGAUGUUCAGGAGCUGGGAGGUCUGUCGCUGCACCCACAACGGCGGCCAGGAGGAGGAGGCCACGCCGUGGUUCAGCGUGCAGCGGGCCGAGAAGGGCGGAGCCGCCGUGGCGAUGCACGGCGGCACGGGGACGUGCUACUACACGAUCGACGGGUGCUCUGCCCACAAGUCGGAGUACAGCGUACGCGGCGUGGAUGGCGCGGUGGUGGCAGAGGUCGCACGGAAGCAGACGCCGGCAGGGGUGGUGCUGGAGGAGGACGUGCUGACGCUGACGGUGGCGCCGGAGGCGGAUCACCUACUCUUCCUGGGUUUGGUCAUCGUGCGUGGCCUCAUCAACUGCUCCUUGUGAUGGAUGCCUGAAAUGGCAAUCCUCUUAUUCUCUAGCUAGGAACGCAGUGCAUGAUGAGACUGAGAGUACCUGUAGGCGGUUCAUGUGACAGCUUUUUUUCAGACAAACAACUUAGGAAGUUUU